AUGGCGUUCAUCGAAAGCCUUGUCGACGUAGAAUUCGUAAAGGAUUUAGUAUGUAGUCAAGGCAAAACACAUGAGGAAGUUUCAAACAUUUUAAAGGAGAUGUUUCCUGAAACAACUCGCGGGCUAGGCGAGAAGAGUGUGUACCGCUUUUGUAAGGAACACGGAUUAAGAAGGACCAAAUCUGACGCAGAACUCGAUGUUACUGUGAGAAAUGCUGUGUCUAUGGUAAGCGUAUAUUUACUAGAAUGGUAGGGGGGUAGUGCGGCUAGAAUGGUGGGAGGGGGUAGUGCAGCUAGAAUGGUGGGGAGUGUAGAUAUUUAAAAUUGAAGAAUGUAUAUUAUACCCAACCUACAGGCGUAGGGACUCCCCGCAUUGAAGUAUAUACACACAUUAAAGUAAAGGACCAACUUUGCAUAACUCCUUUCAAUCUCCAAAAGCCUUGUCCGGGGGUGGGGUGAACGGAGAUUGUGUAGAAAAAGUUUGUUGGUAAAUUGAUUGGAAAUGGUCGGUAAAUUGAUUAAUGAAUAAAAUUGAGUUGGCUGGUAAACGUAGAGGAGCAGCCCACCAGUUGAAAGGGUCCUUGUCUACGACGUUCUCUUCAGAGAAGCGCAAAACCUUCUGAUUUCCAUGAAUAUUUUCACUGAUGUGUAUGUAUGCUAUUUCAGGUUGGUCCAGUAUAUGGAAGGAAAAUGCUGAAGGGAUUUUUGGACAGUAGAGCUAAAAUAGUAGUGGCAUCCGAAAAACGAAUUGGUUCUUCUCUUGCCAGAGUCAAACCAGAUAACCAUAGAAGGAGGCAACAGAACAUUGCCAGACAGAUAAAUCCUACUCCAUAUGUUGCUACGCAUUUUGGUCACAAAUUACAUAUAGACCAAAACGAGAAGCUUGUCAGAUAUGGUGCUACUCAUGUUGGCGCAAUUGAUGGUUUUUCUCGUUUUGUAACAGCUUUUACUACAAUGCCCAUUAAGAACAACUUGCUGAUAUAUGAUAAUAUUUACAGGUAAGUAUAUAUCAGUGUCGUGUAAGUGUAAUAUUACCCAUGGAAAAACAAAACCGAAUGAUUUUUUCUAUUUAAUUUUUUACACUUUUGUAGGAAGACUGUUCUUGACUUCGGAAUGUUUGAUCAAGUCAGGACUGAUCAUGGAAAGGAAUUUGUCUUGAUACAGUUUGUGCAAGAAACUUUAGCUCAUCUGAGAAGAAAUGUUGAUAUUGAUCCUCAUCGACAAACCGAAUCCAAGCAUGUAAGGAACAAUGUUUCAAAUUAAAUAUACAAUGUUUAGAGUGCUCAAUUCCACGUUCUUUGUCGAGCGAAUUAAUAUUAAAUUCUUAAUUUGAAGGGACACAGUCACCAAUCGGCCUUUCUCACGCCGCCAUUUUUGGAUGGCUUUUCAACCGAAGUCUUCGAUUUAAGUCCCACAUAACAGCGACUUUUUAUAAUUUUUUGGACGAAUGUUGGUCAAUUUGCUUUGUAAAUGGUUAAAUUAUGCUGAAAAAUUGCUUUCCACAUUCUUUUACAGUAAUUGUCUGCAUUAGUUUAAUAACGAGAAUUAGAUGCCACCCAAAAAAGGUAAAAAUGGCGGAUAUUCACGUGAGAGGCUAAUUGAGACUAAUUGAGCGAUGUUAUUUAGUCCGAUAUAAAAUUCCAGAACUUUUUCAAGUCAGUGAUUUGCUCAUAUCAUACUAAAAUAACAUCGCUCAAACGGUGACUGUGUAUCUUUAAAUAGAGUGAUAACUCUGCACGAGUUUAAGGCUCAAUUACUUAUAUUUGUUUGACCUAUACCAGUCAGUUAAUUUUUAGAAUCUUCCUAUUGAACGUUUUUGGGUUGAAAUAAAUGGAAGAGCCAACUACCCUAUAAAACGUGUUUUGGUGGAUAUGGAAGCACGUGAUGAAAUUGACAUGGACAACAAUGAGACAAAGUAUUGUGUUUCAUGGGUAACAAGGAAAUUAGUAUCCAUUGCAACACACAACACUGUGGAAUCAUGGAACAACCAUUGCAUACCAAGUAGGUUUUCAGAAACUAUACCCACAAUCCGUAGCUGACAAAUUACGAAAGUACUGAUACUCUUCAGUUUGUGUUACCAAAUGCAACAUACUGAACGAUUUUCCAGUCCCGUUACUUAAAGGGAACUGUCAUACCGUUCAGUCUGAACCACGGUCGGUCGGUCGGUCAGUCAGUCAGUGACCACCAUCAUUUGUCAAUUUUCAUAAAACAAUGUACAACUACAAGUCAACUUUCAAACACAUCGUAGGCUCUUGGAAAAAAUUAAAAAGAUAAUUAAAAAUGUUUAUUUUCAUUCUUGACAGGACGAGGAAAACCCGUCAUUCUCAGGGACAGUAAUAAUUUAGCGCAAGUGAUCGACCCUAUCUACCUUCCUGCAUGUGAUGAAGCUGUGCAGGUCUAUGAAAAUCUAGGAGGAAGGCUAACCAUGGAACCGCAGUUUGGAGAAUACCUGUUAAAUGGUGAUGAAGAUUUACAGACCAGCAGAGAAUUACUUUGGUUAAAUAAUGUACCUGAUGUGAAUGUUAUAUGUGGCCACCUUGUCAAUGAUCUUGACCACUCUUUCAGACACGCAGUGAAUAGUUUUUGUGAUCUUACCAGGCAGCUUUCCGCUUGA